AACUGUGAGCAGACCGAAAAAUGAGUGCCUUACGUUUUGGAUUUGCGCGCUACGUGGUGAAAUGUCCAUUCGGCAAUCGAUGGAACAACCUCGUUAGGGCUGCAACAAUGGCGGCUGUCAAUGGGAAUGCCAUUAGAGGAGCCGCAACGAAAGCAACUUGCAAAACUUUUGUCAUUUUACAACGAGCUUCGCCCGUGCUCAUAUCGUUGCGCAGCUUUUCAUUCAAAUCAGUCACCAGCCUAAUGGAGGAGAAUUGUAUUGUGCCCGAUGUCAUUUGCAAGGCACCCAAGUCCGUUGUUUCAAUUGAAUAUGACGGCGGCAUUUGCGUACAGCCCGGUGUGGUAUUGACCCCCACUCAAGUGAAGGGUGAGCCCCGUGUCAAAUGGGAAGCCGAUCCUUCCAAGCUGUACACCCUGUGCAUGACCGAUCCGGAUGCACCGAGCCGCAAGGAUCCGAAGUUCCGUGAAUGGCAUCACUGGCUUGUCGGCAACAUUCCCGGCAACAACGUGUCCAAGGGUCAGGUGCUCUCGGCCUAUAUUGGCUCCGGCCCGCCACCAGACACCGGAUUGCAUCGAUAUGUAUUUUUGGUGUACGAGCAACAGUGCAAGCUGGACUUCGACGAGAAGCCGUUGCCGAACAACAGCGGCGAUGGACGCGGAGGCUUCAAGAUUGCCAAGUUUGCUGAAAAAUACAAUUUGGGCGAUCCUAUUGCCGGAAAUUUCUAUCAGGCCGAGUAUGAUGACUAUGUCCCCAUUCUCUACAAGCAGUUGGGUGCUUAGAGGCAUAUGUACCCGAGGCAUUUGUAUGGAUUACAUAAUGUGGGAAGGGAGUUCUUUAUGAAUUGUUAAUUAGAAACUGAUAUUGUAAUUGAAUAUUGGCAAUAAAGAUGCAUUUAGCAUA